AUGACAGAGGCCUAUAAAAUCAUGAAGGGUGUGGACCAAGUUCACUACGGCGGUACUGCUGAUAGUACAGUGCAGUUCAUCUUCUACCAGCCCAUCAUUCACCGAUGGAGGGAAACAGAUUUUUUUCCUUGUUCAGCAUCCUGUGGAGGAGGUUAUCAACUGACAUCUGCUGAGUGUUUUGAUCUGAGGAGCAAUCUGGUAGUAGCUGAUCAGUACUGUCACUACUACCCUGAAAAUAUCAAGCCAAAGCCAAAACUUCAGGAAUGUAACUUGGACCCUUGUCCAGCCAGUGAUGGAUACAAGCAGAUCAUGCCCUAUGACCUCUACCAUCCCCUUCCUCGGUGGGAAAGUACUCCAUGGACAGCCUGUUCCUCCUCAUGUGGAGGAGGCAUUCAGAGCCGCACAGUCUCUUGUGUGGAGGAAGACAUUCAGGGGCACAUGAGCCCUGUGGAAGAGUGGAAGUGCAUGUACACUCCAAAGAUGCCUGUUGUUCAGCCCUGCAACAUAUUUGACUGUCCAGAGUGGCUGGCUCAAGAAUGGUCUCCGUGCACUGUAACAUGUGGACAGGGGCUUAGAUACCGUGUAGUUCUGUGCAUUGAUCACAGAGGGCUGCACACAGGAGGCUGCAGCCCAAAAUCAAAGCCUCACAUAAAGGAAGAAUGCAUCGUACCCACUCCUUGCUAUAAACCCAAAGAGAAACUUCCUGUAGAAGCAAAGCUGCCAUGGUAUAAACAGGCUCAAGAGUUGGAAGAAGGAGCUGUGGUGUCUGAAGAACCAUCGUUUAUUCCUGAGGCCUGGUCUGCCUGUAGUGUCACAUGUGGAGUGGGCAGCCAGGUACGGCUAGUGAAGUGUCAGGUCCUCCUGUCUUUCUCUCAGUCUGUUGCUGACCUGCCCAUUGAUGAAUGUGAAGGUCCCAAACCUGCAUCACAACAAGUCUGUUACAGUGGUCCCUGCAGUGGGGAGGCUGCUGAAUAUAACCCUGAGGAAAUAGACAUCGUCUAUGGCAGCUUGCAGGACUUUGAUGAGCUCUAUGACUGGGAGUAUGCAGGCUUUACAGAGUGCUCAGAGUCGUGUGGAGGAGGUGUCCAGGAAGCAGUGGUGACUUGCCUGAACAAACAGAUAAGAGAGAUUACAGAUGAAACUCUAUGUGUGACCAGUCGCCGUCCUCCACAGCUAUUAAAAGCCUGUAAUCUGGAGCCCUGUCCCCCAAGAUGGGAGAUUGGAAAAUGGAGCACCUGUAGUCUCACCUGUGGAGUUGGAUUGCAGACUCGAGAUGUCUUCUGUUCUCACCUACUCUCAAGAGACACAAAUGAGACAGUGAUUUUGGCAGAUGAGCUGUGCCAUAAACCCAAGCCCAGCCUAGUACAAGCCUGCAAUCGUUUUGACUGUCCACCAUCCUGGUACCCUGCAGACUGGCAAGAGUGUUCACAGACCUGUGGAGGUGGUGCUCAGAAGCAAGAUAUGCGCUGCAAGCAGCACCUGGCAGAUGGAAGUAUUUUGGAGCUUCCAGAAACCUUCUGCUCCUCUCCAAGGCCAGUUUCCCAUCAAGCUUGCAAAAAUGAGGACUGUCCUAAUGAGUGGCUUCUCUCUGACUGGACUCAGUGUUCUGUGAGUUGUGGAAAGGGCACCCAGACUCGAAAUGCCAUUUGCAGGAAGAUGCUGAAAACUGGGGGUUCUGUCAUCAUCAAUUCCUCUCUGUGCCCACCUUUGCCUUUUUCUUCUUUGGUCAGGCCCUGUGCACUAUCCAUAUGUGCAAGGCACAACAGGCCAGCUCAGAAGCAAAACCCUCAUAUUGUGGCUAUGAAGAAAGUUUACAUCCAGACAAGGAAACAGAAGAAACUUCACUUUAUCGUGGGUGGCUACGCCUACUUGCUGCUCAAAACCUCUGUUGUCCUCCGGUGCCCAGUGAGAAGGUUCCGUAAAUCAAUGAUCACCUGGGAAAAGGACAACAAACGACUCAUCAGCUCUGUUCAUGUUACUGUUGCACCAUAUGGGUACGUGAAAAUCCACCGUUUGAAGCCUUCAGAUGCUGGAACCUACAUUUGCAUGGCAGGGCCAGCACGGGAACAUUUUGUGAUUAAACUAAUUGGAGGGAACAACAAACUCAUUACCCCAGCAUCUGGGAUCAGGGAGGAAGAAGCCAUGAGGAAGGCCAAUAUAAAUGAAGCCUUACAUACACAAGAGAAACAUCAGAAUGGAAUUCUCUUUAAUGGAAGCAAGGUCGAAAAACGAGGGCAUCUUACUGACCCGAGCAGCCAAUACGAUGAGCUUAUCUCAAAGCUCCUGGAGCAGAGAGGUUGGCCUAGGGAAAACCUGGAGACCUGGGAAACUCAGGACUCCACAGAGAGAAAUGCUUCUUCAGAAGAGGACCAGAGUCAGGAAUACAGCCUUCCAUUUACCAUGGUUGCUGAGCAGAAAAACUUGGACGAUAUCAUCAGGAAUUUGUCUCAGCAGCCUGAAGAGCUUAAGGAUGUCUACACAAAACAACUUGUUGUGCAGCUGGGCCAUGACAUGUUCAAGAGCCAUUUGGAAUAUCAGGAUUCUAUCUUCAGAGCACAGGGCAGAAGAAUCAAUUCAGCUUCAGUAGAGUACCCUUUCCACAAACACGUUUCCGGAUUCACCAGCUCCUUGAGAACAUCAUCUGCUGAAGCACACUUGUCCACAUCUAUAGAGCUGGCAAAUGGCUUACAAAGGCCCCAUCGAAAGCCUGCUAUCCUCAGGAAGAUUUCAGCAGCACAGCAACUCUCAGCCUCAGAAGUUGUUACCCAUUUGGGACAAACAGUAGUCUUAGCUAGUGGGACACUGAGUGUGCUACUUCACUGUGAAGCCAUUGGAAACCCAAAGCCUAUGAUAAGCUGGGCUAAGAAUGGAGUGGAGGUGAAAUACAAUAAUAGGAUACUCCUUCAGCCUGAUGACUCCUUGCAGAUUCUAGCCCCAGUGGAAGCUGAUGUGGGUUUCUACACUUGUAAUGCAUCCAAUGCCUUGGGAUCUGAUUCUGUCUCCAUUGCUGUCACUUUAGCAGGAAAACCACUGAUAAAGGCAUCAAGAGCUAUUGUGAUCAACACAGACUUGCCUGCUGUUACUGCUGACAUUGGAAGCACAGUGAAAACAAUCCAGGGAGCAAAUGUUACCAUUAUCUGCCAAGUUGCAGGUGUACCUGAAGCAGAAAUUGCUUGGCUGAAGGAUCAGAUCCAGCUGGGCCCUCCACACCAUUUGCAUGAUGGAUCACUGCUGAUUGCAGAUGCAUCUUUAUCUGAUCAGGGAUCCUACUCUUGCAAGGCAGUCAAUCUUCGUGGGGAAGUGACUGAGAGUACACAGCUGAUGAUUCUUGACCCCCCACGACCCCUCCUUCAUUUAGAAGACUUGACAACAAUGCUUUUAGUCAGAGAGCCAGGUAUUACUUCAGUGAUGACCUCUCCUUCAGGAACAAGACUGUCUCUAAACCCUGGCAGUUCUGUCCUCAUAGGUUGCCCAGUAGAUGGUCAUCCAACCCCUAACAUCACCUGGUUUUAUGCUGGUCAACCCAUCAGCAUUAAACACCACAUCUUAGCAGCUGGUCAGAUUCUUCAGAUAUUAAAUAUCACUGACGGUUAUCAGGGUGAAUUCAGCUGCCUUGCACAAAAUGAAGCUGGCUCACUGAUGCAAAAAACAUCUCUUAUAAUCCAAGAAUAUUGGUGGUCAGUGGACAAGAUGAUGGCAUGUUCAGCUUCCUGUGGUAACAGAGGGGUGCAGCUACCCCGACUCCGGUGCUUACUUGAUGGGACAGAGGUCAACGUAUCCCUCUGCAAAGAGAAGCCCAAGCCAAUGCUACAACCCAUUGCUUGUAACAGAAGAGACUGUCCUUCCAGGUGGAUGGUGACAUCUUGGUCCCUUUGUACUCAGAGCUGUGGCGGAGGGGUCCAGACCCGCCGGGUGAUGUGCCAGAGACUGACAGCUGCAGGCAGCUCUACUCCCAUUUCGAACGAUUCAUGUGCCCAAGCGGCUAAACGGCCAGUGGACACCCAGUCCUGUAACAGGCAACCAUGUGUGGAGUGGGUGGCCUCCUCCUGGGGCCAGUGUAAUGGGCCGUGUAUUGGACCACGAUUGGCUGUGCAACAUAGAAAAAUCUUUUGCCAGACCAAAGAUGGCACUUCUGUUUCUUCUGAUCAGUGUAGUGCCCUGCCAAGGCCUUUGAGCACUCAGAACUGCUGGACAGAGCUCUGCGGUGUGCACUGGAGAGUCAGUCUUUGGACUGUGUGCACAGCUACCUGUGGUAACUACGGCUUCCAGUCAAGGCGUGUGGAAUGUGUACAUGUCCAUACUAACAAACCCAUGCAAGAGCUCUACUGUUCUUGGAGACCAAGGCCUUCCAACUGGCAACGCUGUAACAUCACCCCCUGUGAAAACAUGGAAUGCAGAGACACCACCAGGUACUGUGAGAAGGUGAAGCAGCUCAAACUCUGUCAACUCACCCAGUUCAAAUCUCGCUGCUGCGGGACUUGUGGAAAAGCAUGAAGAAUGGAGCAGCCAAAAUGGAGGAACAGAGCAUCAGCCUUUGCUUCACUACAGCAAGGACUCUUACAAAGAAAAUACAUGGGACAGAAUUCGGUUUUCAUUUUAUUUAUUUCCCCCCUUUUUAAAAAAAUGUUUUACUGAAUCAUUGUUGUAAAGGACUUGACAAAUCUUCCCUUCUACCAAGCUGGGAGACAGAAUGCAGCAAAACGGUCGUGCUGGGACCGAAAAGAAAGAUGAUGAGAACCAUAUUACAAGCAAGACAGCGCCAAGAGGAACUGAGCUGUAUAGCAAUCUACAUACAGGUCUUGAGAUCCCCAUCUCUUUGUUGAUGUGUAAGUACCACACAACAAACAUCCCAUUAGCAUCAGAUCAGACUACCAGACUGUGAAUCAAACAGCUUGACAUGCCCUGGGCUGCUGAAAACCUGAUUUGAGCAUUAUACAUUCAGUAGGCAGGUACUUAAUUUGGAGGGUUUGUGGACAUAAAAGUUAUAGUUUUGCUUUUUAAAAGUGUCUGUUGUCUCCAAGACUGGGUUCCAGUUCCCUCUCCUUUCUCUCACUCCUAUAAUUAGAAUCUAGGCCCAGAUCCUCAAAUGAUUACUGUCCAAAUGCUUUUGAUGAUCUGGGCCUUGGUACCUGAACAGGAGGCUGAACUGUGGUAAAGCAUGAAUUAAUUUUAAAAGCAUCUGAAUAAGUGCAUAGUUUUCUCCGCAGCAGGAAGAGGCAAAAGGAAAGAUGAAGUACAGGAUUAUACAGAAGAGGAAAGAGAGAGACAGAAUGAUAUGCUAUUGACAAACUAUAUUGUGAACUUGCUGAUGUUGCUCUAUCAUUGUGGAGCACUGGCAAGAGAUGUAUGUUUGUAGCAACAAGAGCUACUUACCACGUUAAAUCUAAACAUGAUUUAAGACGUAUGCUGAGUACGAAGGAGCCCAGGUUCCCAGAGUUCAGGGGCUUUCAGAUCUGGGAUCUGUUAUGGGCUUACAGAUAAUAUUUAGUUUGUAAAAAUGGUCUUUAUGUCCUGCCAGUGAGGAAUGUUUCUAUCCUAAUAGCCAAGUCCUCCGCUGAUGAUAAUCACAGCAGCUCUGUUCUCAUGAAAAAUGGUUGUUCCUGUUGUUCCUGUACUAUGUGUCUGGCAGUAAACAUGCUCUCUAUGAUGGGUCUCCCAAGAAAAAUGGUUGUUCCUUUUGGUUGUUCCCGUUACGUAGGUAUGCAGAAUGUAGUCUCAUCAGCAUUGGUUUCACAGUAGCAGUACCAAUUCUUAAAAGACACCAAAACAAAAACCCUGGAUGCUAGAAAACAGCAUAGUUUUAUGUCCACCAAUAGAAUUCUGCAGAUGUGAGCUGAGAGGCAAAGCUCAGAUUUCACAUCUGUAAUGUGACUUUGCUUGCUCAUUAUGGGUCUCUCUCUCUCUCUUUCUCUCUCUCUCUCUCCUGCUGGCAGUAAUGAUCAAUAGGUUGAAUCAGUUAAGUGCUUCAUUAAGCUAAGUCCUGGGUGCUCUCAAGUCAGGUCAGUGGAAAUCUAGGUUGCUCAGCACCUUGCAUGCAUGAAAAAUUAAAAACAGACUCAAGCUGGAGAACUGGGAUCUCAACUUCCCCAAACUUUAAGGGUGAGAUGUCCAGGUCAGAAGCUUUAUUUCAGGACCACCUCUACAUUAAAGGUUUGGCUGUGGCUCUUAUGUUGCCCCAGUGGGGCUCACAUGUGGUGGUGAAGUAAUAAAACACUCUGAAAGUAUUGAUAUGUUGUAGCUUCCAUUACAUAUGGAUUUUUCAACAAGCCUGGAAGUUCUUUUGUGAGGUCAAUGUCAGGUCCAUUACAUUAAAUCGCCUGCAGUUUGGUCAUUCCAAAGUGUAUCUGGCAGUAAACAUGCACUCUACAAUGGGUCUCCAAGAAAACUUGUUCCUAAGAAUCAGUGUAACUUUUAUUUAAAAAGAAAAAUAGAGAAUGUGUUUCUGUGUAUGUAAAUGUAUAUCUUUUGUGUAUAUUUAUUAGGAUUUCUUGUAUAAAAAGUGCAGUAUUAAUAAUUGUACAUUAUGUUGUCCAGAUAAAACUAUUUUGGGGACUUUUUUAUCUCCCUGCAGUUUUGUUCCUGUAAAAUCAGUGGUAAUAAUGUAUUUUUCCUAUUUUUAAUAACAUUCACAUUUAACUUGGGAUACGUUUCACUGUGUACAGAGUGCUUUUGUAAACUAUGACAUUUGUGGGGAGGGUUUUUUUUAAUAUGCAGCAUGGAAGUUAUGCAUGGAAUGAAGGACAGAUUCCUUAAUAAUAAUGUGAUGGUUGUUUUUACUAAAAUAACUAAUGAAGGGCAGUGAGGCAAGAUAUUUACAUUUCUUUACUAGCAAGACCUAUUCAGAGGAUCACCUGUUGGAUAACUAACUGUGCUUAGGAUAAAGAUUCAGAAACGAAGUCUUGAGAGGCCUUUCUGUUACCUUUGCACAGUAUGAAUGUAAUUCUAAAUGUUUGUCCUAUGAAUUGUGACAUAGCAGUAUCACAAUAAGAUUAUAAGGGUUGCUAAAUACUAUAAAAGGAGGCAGUCCCUCCCCCAAAAAACUUGUAUUUAUAUAAUUUUGUACAGAUAUU